AUGGAAGCCAUGGGAGAAUGGAGCAACAACCUCGGAGGAAUGUACAAUUAUGCAACCGAGGAGGCCGAUUUCAUGAACCAGCUUCUUGCCUCCUAUGAUCAUCCAGGCACGGGAUCAUCCUCUGGCACACCCGGUGGUGACCACCAAGGUUUGUAUUGGGGUCUUGGUUCUCAUCAGAACCACCUUAGCCUCGUGUCCGAAGCCGGUAGUUUCUGCUUCUCUCAGGAGAGCAGCAGCUACAGCGCGGGGAACAGCGGAUACUACACCGUGGUUCCACCCGCGGCUGAAGAGAACCAAAAUGGGACAAUGGACUUUGGGAUGGAAGAUGUGACCAUCAACACAAACUCUUACCUUGUAGGUGAGGAGACAAGUGAGUGUGACGUUGAGAAAUACUCUUCUGGAAAGAAUCUUUUGCCUUUGGAAACCGUAGUGGAGAACCGCAAUGAUGAGGAAAGCUUGAUGCAAUCUGAGAUCUCUGUGACUACUACUGAACAUCAAAAAUCUCUCACCGGUUCCAAGAAGAGGUCCCGCGCCACAUCUACUGAUAAAAACAAGAGAGCAAGAGUGAACAAGAAGGGACAAAAGAGCAUAGAUAUAAGUGGGGAUACCAACGGAGGAGAAGAGGAAGAAGGAGAGAAGUUGAAAAAAAGAAAGAAUGGGGCAAUGAUGAGCCGACAGAACUCAAGCACCACUUUCUGUUCGGAGGAAGAAUCAAACUGUGCCGAUCAAGACGGUGUAGGAGAAGACUCCUCCUCCAAGGACGAAGAUCCCUCAAAGGCCCUCAACCUCAAUGGCAAAACAAGAGCCAGUCGUGGUGCAGCCACCGACCCUCAAAGCCUCUACGCAAGGAAAAGAAGAGAAAGGAUUAACGAGAGACUAAGGAUUUUACAAAACCUCGUCCCUAAUGGAACCAAGGUUGAUAUCAGUACGAUGCUUGAGGAAGCAGUUCAUUACGUCAAAUUUUUGCAGCUCCAAAUUAAGUUAUUGAGCUCUGAUGAUCUAUGGAUGUAUGCGCCGAUUGCUUUCAACGGGAUGGACAUUGGUCUCAGCUCACCGAGAUGAUUCACACACUAAUUUGUGAUUUUAGUUGGAUUUUGUUCAUAUACAUAUUCAAAAAAUGUAUCAUUAUUCUUUUUCUUUUUUAAUAUUCUCCGCCUUCGGACGAGUUCGAUUAUAAUUUCUCGUACGAUCGAUGUUCAAUAUAUAUGAGAGAAAUGGACACUCA